GACGAAGAAGAAGAAAAAGAAAACUGGCGCAUGCGCAGAGUCCAGUAUAAUUUGUUGAUAUCUGUUUGGUGUAGUUUUUCACGGUUUUCGUCUUUCCAACCCCAAGUUUACCAAGCAGCGGUAAAUUAUUUUGAGAGUGGAUGCGCUAGUUAAGACAUCAUCUAUAUGAGGGGCUAAUGGAAGACACACGGGAUCUGGCUGAACGCACUCCACGUUCAGAGCGUAAGCGGAGGGAUUCCUUUGGGAUGUUUGAUGGCUAUGACAGCUGUAGUGAGGAGUCAACAAGCAGCUCCAGCUCAGAGGACAGCGAGGAUGAGAUCGUGCCCUCUAUCCCUGCCAGUCUUCCGAUCAUCAAGAACAAUGGACAGGUUUACACUUAUCCUGAUGGGAAGGCUGGAAUGGCCACCUGUGAGAUGUGUGGAAUGAUUGGAGUCAGAGACGCUUUUUAUUCCAAAACAAAGCGUUUUUGCAGUGUUUCUUGUUCCAGGAGCUAUUCUUCCAAUUCCAAAAAAGCUAGUAUAUUGGCAAGACUCCAGGGCAAGCCUCCAACAAAAAAGGCAAAGGUCUUACAGAAACAACCUCUUGUGGCAAAGCUGGCAGCUUAUGCUCAAUACCAAGCAAGUCAACAGCACCAGGCCAAAUCCAAAGCUGUGGUCCCAAUUGAAAGCUUUGACUGGGGUCAGUAUAUCUGUAUCAACAACACAUCUGGAGCUCCAGUCAGCUGUUUCAAGCAUGCCCCAAUGGGGACAUGCUGGGGAGGAAUUGAAGAAGGAGUGAGAAUUGAAGUGCUCAACUCUGACACCAACCACUCCUCUAAAGUCUACUGGAUAGCAGAAAUAAUUAAGCUAGCAGGGUUCAAAGCUCUCCUGCGUUAUGAAGGUUUUGACAUUGACAGCAGUAAGGACUUCUGGUGUAAUCUUUGUAUCCCCGAGGUCCACCCUGUGGGCUGGUGUGCUUCUAGUGGAAAACCCCUUGUACCCCCCAAAAGCAUACAGCAUAAGCAUUCAAACUGGAAAGCAUUUCUUGUGAAGCGUCUCACUGGAGCUAAAACAUUACCGCCCGACUUUAAUGCCAAGGUUCAUGAAAACACACAGUUCCCCUUUAAGAAGCUGAUGCGGGUCGAAGUGGUGGAUAAAAAUUAUCUGUGCCGGACACGAGUGGCCUUGGUGGAGCAAGUGAUUGGAGGUCGCCUCAGGCUGGUCUAUGAAGAAAGUCAGGAUGGGUCUGAUGACUUCUGGUGUCACAUGUACAGCCCUCUUAUUCACAAUAUUGGAUGGUCACGCAGCAUUGGACACCGCUUUAAAAGAUCUGAUGUAACAAAGACAAUUGAAGGUCAAGUUGAUGCACCGUCACAGCUCUUCCAUAAGGUUAGGGAUGUGGACCAAAGUGGAGAUUGGUUCAAAGAUGGCAUGAAGUUGGAAGCUAUUGACCCUCUUAAUCUCUCAGCGAUAUGUGUAGCCACUGUAAGAAAGGUGUUGGCAGACGGGUAUCUUAUGAUCGGAAUUGAUGGUUCUGAGGCGGUUGAUGGAUCAGACUGGUUUUGCUAUCAUGGAACCUCACCUUCCAUCUUCCCUGUUGGCUUCUGUGAAAUCAACAACAUUGAACUGACCUCCCCUCGAGGAUACACUAAGCUGCCAUUUAACUGGUUUGACUACCUCAGAGAAACGGGUUCGAUAGCUGCUCCUGUUAAAUUCUUUAACAAGGACGUUCCCAAUCACGGUUUCCGACGAGGCAUGAAGUUGGAAGCCGUUGACUUGAUGGAGCCACGUCUGGUGUGUGUCGCUACAGUAACCCGAAUUGUACAUCGGCUACUAAGGAUCCACUUUGACGGCUGGGAGGAUGAGUAUGACCAGUGGGUCGAUUGCGAGUCGCCUGAUCUUUAUCCUGUGGGUUGGUGUCAGCUGACGGGCUAUCAACUCCAACCCCCUGCUACUCAGAGUACCAGAGAAAUGUCGCAGUCACUCCCCAAGCAGAAGAAAAAGGCCCAGCAGUAUAAAGGCCAAAAGAAAAAGAGGAAGAUUCCGGUUGGUCGGCGACCCUUCAGUCAGGCAGGCAGGAGAAGAAGCUUCUCAGGGGAUGAAGAACAGAGCCCACCCUUUUACCAAGUUGAGGGGCCAACUCACCUCCAUCUCCGAACUCACCUCCACCAAACACAUAAAUCAGACUCACUCCUGCGAAUGGAGGAGGAGAUGAUGGAGGCGGAUGAGUUCAACUUUUCCCAGGGCACCUCUGAUCAAGAGAGUAAUGGCUCAGGCACAUUCUGCAUUAAACAGGAACCCUAAAGUCUUAGGUUGGAAUCAGGACAAGUGAUUUUCUCUGCAAGAGUCUGAAGUAUGGUGAAUCAAUGUGAGUUCAAAUCACACUUCAAGGCACAUAUUUCUAAUGGAGAAGUAGGGUAUGAAGAGAGCACGGUCAGUUCCAUACCGCUUGGAAACUAACAAAAAAACAAAGGGUAACCGUCGCCACCAUUUCCAUGUGUGCGUAUAGAUCACAGAUGUUAUUUCAUGUUUCAUGUGUCCUGUCUGGAUAUUCAACGAAGGUAAAAUAUUUUUUUACGAACAAUUUAAACAUUUUCCACUGGAGCUCCGUUGUACUCCAUGUCAGUUUCAGCUGCUCCAGGCCUGUAUAAACUGUGAUAACGAUGUAUUUAUUGAGCUGUCAUUUUUUUCUUUUUGUUAUAUUUGAAUAUACGUUACUUAGCCGCAUAACAAAACCAUUUGGUAUCACCUGAGAUAAUAGAAGCUGCUACAAAGAGGAGCAAUUAUGAUAUGUACAUAUAAAUCUUUUUUUUUUUUUUUUUUUUUCUCCCCCUUAAGAUUACCUCCGGCAGUCAGCUAAAAAAAUAAAACUGUUCCCAGAGAAAUAUUGUACAGUUUGAUAGAUAUCUAGAGUUACAUUAUUUUUGUCAAGUCUUUUGUUACUGACAAAAUGAUCCCCUAGUUAAUGUGCAGCCCAAUUUUCUCCUUCUUGUUCAGCAGGGGGCGGCAGCGUGACGCCACAUCUUUGAGAGGUGCCUGCUGUCCGUACAAAUGCCGCCGCAGGAUUCAUGGCUAUCAUGGCGGAAUACAAAAUGUCUCAAUAACAAGCAAAAACCUGGAGAACGUUCUUUUGAUCAUGGAAAACAUGACAAUAACGAAGAUCCAGCGUAUUGUUCAAAUGAUGGGUGCGAGUAAAGCCCAGUCAACGACUUGACGUCACAUUUGUUCCUAAUAUAUGAACAUUAAUUAUCCAGGGGAUAAUUUUGUCCAAUACAAGCGUACAGACAAAUAUUACAACACUAGAUCUUAAUCAAACUGUAAAAUAUUUGCCCGGGAACCACAUAUUUUUUCAGCUAACCGCCAGAGGUACACUUUAUUUCUCACAAAAUGUAGUUAAAAUAGUCAUUGAAUUGUUUCUUGUGUUUUUAGAUCAUUGUCGUGUUUACACUUGCUUUUGUUGUAAAUUAAAGUGGCUCUAUUAGUGUGUGGAAAACAAUGAACAAAGUGCAAAAUACAGAUAUUAAGGAUUUUAAUGAUAAUGCUCAUGCAAAGUACUGCUAAUGCUACCUAGAAUUGCUCAUUAUCUUGAAGAACAUGUUUUUCAAUAGAGAAUUUCAGAACUGCAUUUAUUUCUGAUUCAACCAUGAACAACAAGGAAAUCUGAAAUAGUUUUUACAUUCAUAUUUCGAUAACAAUCAGACAGUUGGAGAAUACGAAUCUUUUUUUUUUUUUUAAUUUCAAACCCAAUUUCAAUAAGGUGUGGACGUCGUGUAAUAGUAAUUAGAACGAUACAAUAAUGUUCGAAUCCUUUUCAAUUUACAAUCAAAUUAAUACACUACAGAAACAAAAUAUAAAAAAACAAAAAAACGUAUUCACAAACUGAUAUGAACAUUAUUGUUUUGUUUUUUUUUUUUGGGGGGGGG